AUUGUCAGAACGGAACUGUAUAGAAAUUGUCACUAAACUGAUUGCAGAAAAGCAGUUGGAAGUGGUGCACACACUUGAUGGAAAAGAGUAUGUCACUCCAGCACAGAUUAGUAGAGAGAUCCGGGAUGAGCUUCACGUUUGUGGCGGUCGAGUAAACAUUGUUCACUUACAACAGGUAAUAAAUGUGGACCUUCUGCACAUCGAAAACAGAGCUAACGACAUCGUUAAAUCAGAAAAAACUAUUCAGCUUGUACUGGGACAGCUUAUAAAUGAGAGUUACCUGGAUCAAUUAGCAGAAGAAAUAAAUGAUAAACUACAGGAAACUGGCCAGGUGACAAUAUCGGAACUCUGCAAGACAUACGACCUUCCGGGAGACUUUCUGAUACAGGCAUUAUCCAGGCGUUUGGGUAGAAUUAUUCAUGGACAACUAGACCAGGAAAAUCGUGGGGUGAUUUUUACAGAAGCCUUUGUGUCCCGGCAUCGAGCACGCAUUCGUGGUCUCUUCACUGCGAUUACUCGGCCUACACCUGUAAGUAACUUGAUCACUCGGUGUGGAUUUCAGGAACAUUUACUUUACUCUGUAUUAGAAGAACUUGUUAACACUGGUCGUCUGAAAGGCACCGUGGUUGGUGGGAGACAGGAUAAGGCUGUGUUUGUUCCAGACAUCUAUGCCAGAACGCAGAGCAACUGGGUGGAUUCCUUUUUCAAGCAGAAUGGUUACUUGGAAUUUGAUGCGUUGUACAGACUUGGCAUCCCUGACCCAGCAGGCUACAUUAAAAAAAGAUACAAGUCCACACAACUCUUAUUUCUGAGAGCAGCUUGUGUUGGUCAAGAAAUUGUGGAUCAAGUUGAAGCCUCUGUAGAGGAAGCCAUCAGCUCUGGAAACUGGAUAGAUGUAGCAACUCUUCUGCCCAGUUCAUUGUCAGUAGAAGACAUUGGAAUUUUGCUUCAGCAAGUGAUGAGAUCUUUAAACAAAAAUUCUUCAGGUUUAGUCUUCAGUGACACCAUUGUGGUCAGUGAGAAAUUUCUAAACAGCUGUGCUGAUCUAUUUUCUGACAUGAUGCAACAGAAGGCUGAAAAGGAAAUGAAAAAUAACCCUGUUAAUUUAAUCACUGAAGAAGAUUUAAAGCAGGCUUCUGGUUUAGAGAAUUCAUAUGCUAAUAAAAAAGACAAAAAGGAUGAAAGAAGAAAGAAAGCAGCAGAGGGCAGUGGAAGCGUGAGAGGAGGAGGAGGUGGUAAUGCUAGAGAGAUCAAGAUUAAGAAAACCAAGAAAAAAGGAAGAAAGGAUGCUGACAGCGAUGAAGAGUCCCAAGCAACUAGCAUUGGUAGAAAUAAGCAGCCAGAGUUCCCUUUCAUAUCACAAGAGGAAAUUCAGGAUGUUUUAAAGACCCACAUGAAGGAUUGCCCUGAAGAGCUUAUUACAGAACUUGCUGAACAUCUAAUAAGACCUUUAACAAAAUCUUACCAGGAAGUUGUGCGUUCUGUUUUUACGUCUUCAACAUCUUCCUCUGGAGCUAGCAGAAGACAGACUAUGAAGGACUUGCAGGAGGAAUUCUCAAACUUGUACAACAACAUUCGGUUAUUUGAAAAGGGAAUAAAGCAUUUCACAGAUGAGACGCAGACUAACCUUGCCAAACACCUGUUGAAGACUGUUUGUACAGACAUUACAAAUCUUAUUUUCAACUUCCUAGCAUCCGAUUCAAUGAUGACAACAGAAAAUUAUUCUACAAUCACAAGUGAGGUCCGGACCAAGAUUUUAGGUAAAUUAACCGAAGACACCAAAGGUCCUUUAACUAAGUUGCAUACUUCUCUGAAUGGCAAGAGUGUAGAAGAUUUUCUUUCAUACAUUGAUUCUGCAGUGGAUAUUUGUGGUAUUAUGGUGAAAAAAGGAGACAAAAAGAAGGAAAGGCAAGUCCUAUUUCAGCACAGACAAGCUCUGAUUGAACAGCUGAAAGUCACCGAAGAUCCAGCUCUUGUUCUGCACCUGACAUCAGUACUGUUAUUUCAGUUUUCAACCCACUGUAUGCUUCAUGCACCAGGAAGAUCAGUACCACAGAUCAUUAAUUUCCUAAGUGGCAAGAUCCCAGAGGAUCAGCAUUCUCUGCUAGUCAAAUAUCAAGGAUUAGUAGUGAAACAGCUGAUCAGCCAGACUAAGAAAACUGAACAGGGAGACGGUGACACAACAGAAAACCUGGAGGAGGAGGAAGGAGCAGAUACCAUUCGGAAAGAGCUCCAGGAAAUCACUACCUCUAUCAAGGAUCUUGUUCUCAGACCUAGGAAGUCUUCUGUAACAGAGGAAUAA